UCGGUUGGUCAACGCCCCAACCCGAUUAGGUAGGUUCGAUUGGCCAAAUAACCUGCAAUCGAACCGAACCGACCAGUCGACGCUCCUCAGUCUGAGACGAGGUUAAUACAGAUUCUGCGGACAAUCAUCAAUAGCCCGUUAUUCCUCAGUGCUGAAGACGCUUCCACUGAUUCCCGAGUUUUAAUUUUCAAACAAUUCCAGGCUCCUGAGUUGAACUUCUGAUUCUUAAAUGGCGUUUUGAGAGGAAUCCAGUUCCAGCCAAAUCGUCUGAAGUUUCAAGUAUUCAACCAACCCAUGGCAUCCUUUGCACAGCCACCACAAACCAUAGCAAACAUCAAUAUUGCCCAACGCCGUCUGAAAAGCCUGCCUUACAAGUCAUCAAGGGCACUAUAUAGAUUCACCUUUCCCCCAAUUUGCCUGAAACUGCAACCUAUUUUUUGUACAAAAUUGUCCUCUUGGGAACCAUCUCCUUCAAUCACAUAUGUUCAUAAUGAGGAAACUGAUGACAACUUUUUGAAGAGUGGUAGCAACAUAUUUGAAACCAUGACUGCUGAAAGUACAACUGAGACUUCAAUUCCAAAUGAUACAAGUGAGACUUCAGCUCUAAAUGAUAGAGAUGGUGUUCUAGAUGCAAGUAAUCAACUAUCCAUGCACUCCCAACUUCUUAAAUGGCUUAUGUGGCUUUUGGGUCCGUCUGUUUUACUUGCCACAGGGAUGGUGCCCACCUUGUGGUUACCGUUGUCUUCUGUAUAUCUUGGCACUAAUGUAGCUAGCUUGCUUUCAUUGGUGGGACUUGAUUGCAUCUUUAAUAUUGGUGUGACCUUGUUUCUCCUCAUGGCUGAUGCCUGUGCUCGACCAAAGAGUCCAACCCAAUCAUGCAAAAGCCAGGCUCCUUUUAGUUACAGGUUUUGGAACAUGGCUGCAAGCAUCAUUGGUUUUGUUAUCCCAUUGGCAAUGUUCAUGGCCUCACACAAAGGUUUUCUCCAACCGCAACUGUCUUUCAUCUCAUUCUCAGUUCUAUUGGUUCCCUACCUUCUACUCCUGUCUAUACAGAUGCUGACAGAAAUGCUGACAUGGCACUGGGAGUCACCAGUGUGGCUUGUAACCCCAGUUGUAUAUGAGGCUUACCGGGUGUUGCAGCUUAUGAGGGGAUUGAAGUUGGGGGCUGAAAUUGUUGCACCUGCUUGGAUGGUUCAUACCAUUAGGGGUUUGGUAUCAUGGUGGGUGCUAAUACUUGGAAUGCAGCUCAUGAGGGUCGCUUGGUUUGCUGGAUUCACUGCUCGAACUCAAAAACAGGCUUGAAUAUUUACCAUAUUUGGUAUCCUCGAUCUCAAUGAUGGAUUUAUAUGCCCCCAAUGAAGAUAUAUAAUAAAUAAUAUAAGUAUUUUUUUUACAGUACAGUACAAUUAAGUAACAUGUAUAGAUAAAUGAUCUUUCCGCCCCCGUUUCAUUAGCAUAUUAUUAAUAUUCCCUUUCUUCGUUGUAUACAUGUAAAAUAGAAACAGCAAUGAAUGAACAUCCUUUUCCCCAUUUCGUCUUUAGUAAUACAUGCAGGAUCAGUGAUUCUGGUUAGAUUUGUUUUGUGUAACUGGCUUAUUGAAAAUAGCUGUUUGUCUA